AUUAUUACAGUGGUACCUCUGGUUGUGAACAGGAUCCGUUCCAGAGGCCCGUUCGCAACAUGAAAAGCCCGCACCCUGAAGCGCCAUAUCUGCGCGGUGUGCGGCACGAUUUGGUGCUUGUGCGCAUGCGCAAAGCGCAAUUUAGCACUUCUAUGCAUGUGCCAGCGGCGAAACCCAGAAGUAACACUUUCCGGUACUUCUGGGUCGCUGCGGGACGCAACCUGAAAAAAGGCAACAUGAAGCAAACGUAACAUGUGGCGAUGGGAUGGCGGCUGAGCUGAAGGAACAGAGAUGCGUGAAGGAAGAGCCCGGAACGACGGCGGUGCUGGCGGGCGGCUCGGAAGAGACGGUCUCCCACAGCUGCAAGCGGGAGAGAGAGAACAGGGGCCGAGACUUGCCAGAGAAGCGAGAGAGAGCUGAGAAAAGCCAAGAAGAAGCUGCUCUGCCACGCAAGGAGCAGGGCUUCGGGAAUCUUGACCAAAUAGUGAUCCAGCAGCUGAUCCACAUUGGAGGAGGCGGGAGGAGGCGUGGCAAGCAGGGGGAGAACUUCCGCCAGGCCUCGGGCCUAGGCAAGGCUUCAAUCGUCCGCCUGGGAGAGAAGCCAUACCUGUGCAUCGUCUGCGAGAAAACCUUCCGCAACCACUCGGGCCUCAUGGUCCACCAGCGGAUUCACACGGGGGAGAAACCCUACAAAUGCCCCGACUGCGAGAAGAGCUUCAAUCAGCGCUCGCACCUGACUUCCCACCGCGGCACCCACACCGGAGAGAAGCCCUUCAAGUGCUUUGCCUGUGGGAAGAGCUUCAGCUACAACUCGGGCCUGGUGAUCCACCAGCGCAUCCACACGGGGGAGAAGCCGUACCAGUGCCCCGGGUGCGAGAAGAGCUUCAGCCAGAAAUCCCACCUGCUGUCGCACCAGAGGACCCACGUCGGGGAGAAGUCCUUCAAGUGCCUGGACUGCGGGAAGAGCUUCAGCUACAACUCGGGCCUGGUCAUCCACCAGCGCAUCCACACCGGGGAGAAGCCAUACAAAUGCUCAGACUGCGGGAAGAGCUUCAACCAGCGCUCGCACCUCGUUUCGCACCGAGGCGUCCACACGGGGCGCAAGCCCUACUCGUGCCAGGAUUGCGGGAAGAGCUUCAGCUUCAACUCGGGCCUCGUCAUACACCAGCGGUUGCACACGGGGGAGAAGCCUUAUGAGUGCUCCGAGUGUGGGAAGAGUUUCAAUCAGAAAUCGCACCUUAUUUCACACCAGAGAGUCCACGCCGGGCAAAAGCUCUGACUAGCUGGCGGCAGAUACCAUAUGUUUCUGUGCAUAACACAACACGCCCCCUAUUUUGGGGGACUACAUUUUAAGAAGAUGGGGGGAGAUGGCCCAGAGUUGUUGAGCUUUUUUGGGGGGGGGGGAUGCAGAAAAUCACUCGCCCGACUCAAAAAUGCUGAGAAUCGCACACGUCGCCAAAGCUAACAUGCGUCUGCCCGCCCGCCACCAGCAGCCAGCAAUCGCCCGCCCAACUGACGCAGCAACAGCCAAUCCGAAGCAGCCCUUGCCGCAGACACGAAUCACCCACCC